AUGAGAUCAGUAUUACCAAUUUCAGUUUUAUUAACUGCUGGUUUAUCAGCUAGUAUGAAUACCAUUAGAUCAACCACCAUUUCCUCAAUAUCAUCAUGUUCAUCUUCAUCUGCGUCUUCAUCAUCAUUACCAUCUUCAUCGGCAUUGUCAGUGGUGCCGGAUUUAUCAUCUGCUCGUUAUCUAAAUACUACUAUUCAAACAAUUCGUGCUAAUUCUGCUACUAGUGGUGGUGAUAGUAGUAGUGGUUCUGAUAGUGAAUCACCAGAAACUCGUUAUGAAUAUGAAACUGAUACUGAUUAUACCCAUAUUACCAAAACUGUUUGUGACUCCAACAACAAUUGUUAUGUUACUGUUGAUUCAGAAAGUUUAACUACUUAUACCACAACCAUUGAUGGUGUGUUGACGGUUAUCACUACUGGUGUGUCAGCUUCUGCUGCUGCUACUGCUGAUGCUGAAUCAACAAUUGCUUCUACUUCUGGUGUUGCUUCCACUUCUGAUAUUGUUUCUUCUUCUUCUGGUACCACUGCUGUUUCUCCAAUUUCAACUAAAGCAGCUAUCGAAUCAUCGUCUUCGUUAACUUCAAGUAAACCACAAGAAACUCAAUACGAAUAUGAAACUGAUAUUGAUGUUUCUCAUGUCGUUAAAACUGUUUGUAACUCGGAAAGCAAAUGUUAUUUGACAACUCAAGUACAAAGUUCCACCACUUAUACCACAACCAUUGAUGGUGUGUUGACGGUUAUCACUACUGAUGUUCCGAUUUCUAAAACAAAUUCUCCUCUGGUGGUCACUUCUUCUGGUGCUGUGGCAACAGAAGAAUCAACUGAAACCGAGGUCUUAACUACUGUCAUGACUGUUACUUCAUGUUCUGAUAACAAAUGUUCAUCAACUGUUUUCACUAGUGGAUUCUCAGUUUAUACUGUUGAUGAAACUGCCUAUACCACUUAUUUCCCAGUGACAACAAUCACUUCUAAAUUAUCAUCAGCUUCUAUUAAUGGUGAAGCCACAAAUACUAAAUCUGGUGCUACUGUUUCUGCUACUUCCACUACUACUACUGCUGGUAAUCCACAAGAAACUGAAACUAAAAUAUCUACAGCAAUUGUAACCAUAACUUCAUGUUCAAAUAAUAAAUGUCAUGAAGAAACAAAAACUACUGGUAUUAAAGUCUACACUAGUGAAGAAACUAUUUAUACAACUUAUUGUCCAUUGUCAAGUACUUCUGAAACAACUAAUGUUGUUUCUGUUGAAACUCCAAAACCUCAAUCAAAACAACCAAAUUCAUCUCCAGUUGUUGAAAAAUCUUCAAGUUUAGAAGCUACUUCUAGUAAUACUGCCACCACCACCACCACAGCUGGUACUUCUUCUAAUCCACCAGUCACUAUCAAUGUGAUAUCAGGAAAUAUUGUUACUGAAACUCCAGUUGUUAAUCAAGUUCAAUCAACUUCAAAACAUUCUGAUCAAAGUUCUACUAUUGCUAUUAGUACUUAUGAAGGUGUUGGUGCUACUGUUUUCACAACUAAUAUCACUGGAUUCCUUUCUUUGGUGGUUUCUCUUAUUUUCUUUAUGAUAUAA